CCAGAACGCACUUUAUUCCGAGAAAGAGAGAGACGCGGAUCCGUUAUGCACCUCAGACGGGCCUUCGAUAGGCCCGAUGAUGAACACCUGGCGUGUCAGUCCACCCGACUCGAGACGAGACAACUGCCAGCUUAAUUUAGGAGUGUGACUAAUUAAAACGGGCCCGUAAUGGAAGGCACGCACACGGUGCUGCGUCUGUACAAACCCAUCCAGGAGCUGUGCUUCAUCAGUCUCUACUUCCCAACGAGGAAAUCCCGAGGUUUCUCCCGAGCUGGCCAAACCCGGCCUCAGGAUGAAGACGCUAAACAAAGAGGCCAGUAUUACUGCGAGGCGACAAAAGAAGCGGUCGCGCAGCUCAACUGGCUCACCGCAGAACACCAUCAGCUGCUGACGGACCUCCUGUCUUUAUGCAGCGACUGCGCAGACAGGAUUAAAAUGGGAAAGCAGGAUGGAAAGCUCCUGGAAGGAUACGGGCAAGGUGAUGUUAGUAGCGCUUUUUCUCUGUCCCCAGAGCAUAAGAGAGCAGCUUCAAGAGUUCGUAAGCUGAAGAAGCUGGGUUCUAAGAAGAUGCACAGUGCUGAAGAGUUCUCGCAAAGUAGGAUAAAGAAGAAGGUGCAAAGUGGAGCAUCUGAGUUUUCUCCGAAAGCAUCCAGAACUCCAAUCUCCUUCCGUGGCCGGGAUGCUCCAGGGUCAGGCUCUUAUGUACGCGUCUCCAGCGAGCCUUUUCUUCCAAUGGAGGAACACUUCCAGAUCGCCCACGAUCACGGCUGGGAUUUUAUGGAAGAGCCUCAUUCUUUUGAAUCCGAAAUGGAUCCGUCGGAGUUUGAUAGCCAGCUCACUUUGGAGUACGAGAAACCAGUGGGAAAUGGGAAUAUUGAGGGAAACCAACGAGGUCAAUCAACCUUUGGACGUUUGGAAACCAAUCGAAGAGACGUGAGAAGGGACGAUGUGGCUGCAAAACAAAACCAUACGGCUUCCAAAGAGAAACUUGUAUCUGGUUCCAGCUUGGAUGUGGAUCACCGCAACCAGCAAGCUGGACAAGAAGAGAUCAAGCUCUUUGAGAAAACCAUUGACGCCAACUCUAGAAGCUCUAAGCUUCAUCCCUGGAGCAGAAGCCCUACAUCAAGCUCUCUCUCUGGGCUCUUCAACGUGUCUUAUCCUCCUGCCAACAGUCUCCAGAGCAUGUCUCCUGUCUUAUCACCUCUGUCUUCGCAACUUCCGAGCCCCCAAAUGAACCACCGGAUUGUGUUGCUGCCUGAGGAAGAUGGAAAUAAACGUUCCACGAGAGACGAGCCUAAAGUCGACACAGAGGUCAUCGACAAAAACGGCAACCGUCGGACGGUCACACGGUUAGACCUGAACCUCAGCAAUCAUUUCUAUCUGAAUGGAGCUAGUACAUCGAGUGCCACGACCUCAGAAAACUCUCUGUUGCGUCCGGAAGAUAUCUGGAUGCUGGAUGCGGAUGAAUCCGUUACCCAGGAGGCUUUGCGGCGUCCCAGCAGACCGGAUCACCUGGACUUCCUGAGAAUCACGCCGCCGGAGGACGACAUCAUCGGAGACACUCCGUAUAAUCCCAAUCUCGGAAUAACGUCUGAGGUCACGUCUCCGUCAGACGGUGAGGACCGAACCCCUGGCCGUCUGCUGGCCGUCUGGCCUCCACCUAAAGAGGACGGAGAGGAGAAGGUGGGCCUGCGUUACACUGAAGCCGAGCACCAGGCCGCGCUCCUGCAGCUGAAGAGAGAGAGUAAAGAGGAGCUGGAGAAACUACAUGCGGAUUUCGAGCUGCAGAUCUUCCAGGUUCGAGGCGAGCAUGCGGAGGUCGUGUCUCGUCUGGAGUCGCUCAUCGGUGGGGUGCAGCGGACGCAGGUGUAUAACACCGUCCAGGAGCGCGGCGAGCUACAGGACGUCUGUGUCUCCACCGAAGACGAGCAGCCGCCCAAAAGCUUCCGCAACGUGUGCGUCCAGACCGACCGCGAAACCUUCAUCAAAACCCCAGCGGGCGACGGGGCCAGACCAGAGCCGAGCUCCAGCUCCAGCCCGCCCAAACAACUGGACCUGGACUCCAUCAGCAUGAGUUUGGGUGUGGGUCCAGGACCGCCUCCUCUUCCUGGUAGCUCCGCCCCUCCACCGCCGCCUCCUCCUCUUACUACAUGUCUGCCAUCUAGUGUAUCGCCUCCUGCUCUCGGUGGGUUUGGAUUCGGACAGGCGACGGAGAAAGCGGCGCGUAAACCGGCCGUGGAACCGGCCUGCCCCAUGAAACCGCUCUACUGGAGCCGCAUCCAGAUUCAGGAUAACAAUAAUAACACGCUCUGGAGUUCACUGGAAGAGCCUGAUAUCAUGAACACCAAAGAGUUUGAGGAUCUGUUCUCCAAAGCCAUCGUCCAGCCCAAGAAGAAGCCGCUGUCAGACACGUACGAGAAGAAGAACAAAGCCAAGAAGAUCAUCAAGCUGCUGGAUGGCAAACGCUCUCAGACCGUGGGAAUAUUAAUAUCCAGCCUCCACCUGGAGAUGAAGGACAUUCAGCAGGCUGUUCUGACGGUGGAUCAUUCUGUGGUGGAUCUGGAGACUAUUGAAGCUUUAUAUGAGAACAGAGCUCAGCCUGACGAACUGGAGAAGAUCAAGAAACAUUACGAGACGUCUAAAGAAGACGAGGUGAAACUUCUGGAUAAACCGGAGCUAUUCCUGUACGAACUCUCCCAGAUUCCCGACUUCGCCCGGCGUGCGCACUGCAUCAUAUUCCAGUCUGUGUUCGUGGACUCCAUAUCAUCCGUCCAUCGGAAGGUGGAGAUCAUCUCUGCUGUGUGCAAGACUUUUCUUGAGAAUGACAGCGUGAAGGACGUGAUCGGCCUCAUCUUGGCCUUUGGGAACUACAUGAACGGUGGAAACCGGACCCGAGGACAGGCAGACGGAUUCGGACUGGACAUUCUGCCUAAAUUAAAAGAUGUCAAGAGCAGGGACAAUCGUAUGAGUCUGGUGGAUUAUGUGGUGUCGUACUACCUGCGAAACAUGGACGAGAACGCAGGAACAGAGAAGAGCGUUUUCCCGCUGCCUGAACCUCAGGAUCUCUUCCACGCUGCUCAGGUCAAGUUUGAAGAUCUCGCAAAAGACCUUCGCAAGUUAAAGAAGGAGCUGACAGCGUGUGUGAAGGAGGUUGAGCAGGUGUGUGAAAACUCCUCUGAGGAACAUCUACAGCCCUUCAAGGACAAGAUGGAGACCUUCGUCAGCACCGCACAAUCAGAGUACGAGACUGAAGACGAGCAGCUGCAGGAGGCACAGAAGAGCUUCCAGGAGAUGGUGACGUACUUCGGGCUCAAACCCAAGUCUGGAGAGAAGGAGGUUUCUCCAAACUACGUCUUCAUGCUGUGGUACGAGUUCUGCAACGAUUUCAAGAGCACCUGGAACCGAGAGAAUAAAAGCAUCUCCAAAGAGAGACUGAAAGAAGCUCAGCAGACCGUCCAGAAAAUCACAUCUGAGAAGAAAGUGGAGACGAAGAAGACCAACGCAAACAGUCUGAAAGAGCGACUGCGAAAGAAAGAAGCCGGCGUUUCGUCCAGCUGAGGACGUGAAGAGCAUUUCAUCAUCAGACACAGGCCUAAAAGUGUUUGGAAACCCUUCCGAUCACCACAUUUUCCUUCUGCCAAAAUGAAGCACUUCUACACUCCUCCUCAGCGGUGAAGCCUAUGCAAUAUCCUGCGUUUACGUGCAACUCAUAUCCAUCCAUUUGAUGUGAGAAAACUACUGAAUCAUAUCAUUAUUACAACCCUACAGUGAGUGUGUGUAAACAAGCCCUGUUUAUUCACAGAAUGAAGGAUUCAUUGAGGAACAGACUAGAAUAUUAUAAUAUUAUUUCCCUGUUGGUUCAUGUGUAAUGAAUUCCGUCACUUAUCCAGUUAUCUCAGGCCCGGAUGUUAUUAUUACAACUCUAUUACAGUGUCAGAUUUUAUUGACCUUUUUUAAUUUGUACAUUUAUUAGGUGCAAUAAAUGUUUUGAACAUCAGCGUCUGCGAAAGGAGAA